AUGUAUAUUCUCUACAAAGAAAAGCUCUGCGUGCAAAAGCUUGUCAGUAAACCAAAUCCAAUACUUCCCUUCAAAUCCGCCGACAUCAACGGAGCCGCCGGCCCCGGCGGCGUUUCCGAGUGCCGGCGGACACCGGCAUUGUCCUCCUCCUCUAACAAAUGUAGCUUAAAUACAGUACUAGAGUUAUUUUUAGGUGUAGAGAUGAAUGAAUACCAGAAAAGGAGGCAGAUGCAAUCACAGCAACAGUUCCCUGGAUGCAUGGGAAGAAUGAUUAAUAUGUUUGAUUUGAGUUCUGGCAUGUAUAGAACUAAGCUUCUGACUGAUAGAGCACACAGAGAUGAUUCUCCAACUCACACAAACAAGUCUAGUUUGGUGAAGAAAAGCCUUGAACCUGUUGGAAUUCAAAUCAGGGACAAACCAAUGAUCAAGGAAAUGAAGAAGAGUUUCUCUGAUAAGAAGUCAUGUGGAACACCUAUGAAAAUGCUUAUUGCCCAAGAGAUGUCGAAAGAAAUAGAGUCUAAUCGGAAGCCGCCCAAUGUUGUUGCCAAACUAAUGGGCCUUGAUACCAUGCCGGUGCCGACUCGUCAAAGGAGCAUACGAGAAAGUUCCUCAUAUAAAGAUGUUUAUGAAGUUCGGCAGCAACCAUCACAAGCCAAUUGUGUAAACGAUCAACGGCAACAGAGGGGAAAACUUAAUGAGCAUUUAAAUCAAAAGAAGGUGGCUCUUGGUCGGCAAAAACUCACAGAAACAAAACGUCUAGCCACUGAUGAAAGUUUUCUUCACUCUAAGCAGUUCCAAGAGGCACUAGAGGUUCUAAGUUCAAACAGAGAUUUAUUCCUCAAGUUUCUAGACGAACCGAAUUCUCUAUUGUCUAAGCAUCUAAAUCAGAUCAAUACCACCACAUCUUCUGACCAGGUCAGGCAUAUUACUGUAUUAAAACCAUCAAAUGCAGUUGAGCCCAAAGUUCAACGUCGAGCAUUUGAAGAAAAUAUACGGAAUAAAGACAACCAUCGCCGGUGCUCUAGUCUUGACCACUUCGAGACUCGGAAUCUAUCUAGCCCAACCAGGAUAGUGGUCUUAAAACCAAGCACUGAAAAACCUUGCGAGUUUAAGACUUUGGCGGCAAACCGAAUCUUUUCACAAAAGUUACUCAAAGAGAAAGGUUUGGACAAUGAUUUGAAUAGUAUGAAUAGCAACCGGAGAGAUGAUUCUCUAUUGUCUUCAAUGUUAUCAAAUGGAUAUAUUGGGGAUGAGAGCUCGUUCAAUAGAUCAGAAAUUGAGUAUGUUGAAGAAGCAAGUGGUGAUUCGGAGAUUGUCACUCCAACUUCACGAUAUUCUUGGGAUUACGCAAACAGGCUCGGUAGUCCUUAUUCUCUUGGACGGGCUUCUUGUUCAUCGGAGUCUUCUGUAAUCUGUGAAGCUAGGAAACGGAUUUCUGAAAGAUGGGUGGCAUCAAAAGGAGUUAGUCAAGAACAUAUGCAAGUCAGGAGUUCAAGCACAUUAGGUGAGAUGCUCGCCAUUGCUGAGGCAAAGAAAGAAGGGGAGACUAGCAGAGAGCUUGAUCUUUCGAGCAACCAGUCAUUUGGUGAAGACGACGACCCAAGGACAUCCACCACCUGUGUGUGUAUUGCUGAGACUAAAGAUGGAGCUAAUGCGGACACAUCGUCAAGAAACUUUUCAAGAUCAAAAUCUGUUCCAGUGACUUCGUCAACUUAUGAUAAAAUUGAGUUGAAUGCAGCUGCCUCAAAACCCAGAAUCAUCAAACCAAAUGCUCAUGAGGAGGAGAUGAAGCCAAAAAGCGGGAAGAUGUCUUUGAAGGGGAAAGUUUCAAGCUUCUUCUUCUCUAAGAACAAGAAGCCUUCCCAACAGAAACUAAUUCCUGAUAUUACUGCUAAGAAAGAUCAUGGUCCUGAAGAGACUAACAGCUCACUACCUUCUGCUACAGUUACCGGUGGGUCAAAAAACAGCAUUGUCUCUGCAAAGGCUGUGCCUUCUCUUGAGAAAUUUAGUGUAUCUGAAACUCCUACCGAGACACUUGAACAGCCUAGUCCUGUUUCAGUUCUAGAAGCACCGUUUGACGAUGAGAGCGGGAUUAGCAUACUCCAAUCUUCCCAGAGUCUUGACACCGGAAAUCUACAAACAUUGUCUAGGUCUGCACCAAUAGAGUCCAUUGCUCGUUCCCUUCCAUGGGAUGACACCUACAUGGAAAGAUCAUCCGGAAAGCGCCUAAAACUUACUGAAGCUGCAUUCAAGGCAGAUGAAGAAGAACAAGAACACUUUAAUUUUGUCCAGAAAUUGCUUUCAUCUGCCGGUUUAGAUGACCAGAGUUCCAAAAUCAUCUUUUCAAAAUGGCAUUCAUUGGAUUGUCCCCUGGAUCGGGUUUCACUAGAUGGUUUCUUUGAUGAGAAAGAAGAAGGGAUUAAAUAUAAGGUGAAUAGGUCGAACCAGAGGCUGCUCUUUGACUGUGUUAAUGCAGCAUUGCUUGAAAUCGGGCAGGCAGCUAUUUAUAAUGCAUACCCACAUGCAAGAUCUUUUGCAGAGACCCGGAAGGAGGCUCCUUCUGGCACAUCAGUAGCAGAAGUAUGGAAACUUGUGAGGGAUAAAUUUUCAGCUCAGGAAGAGUACUCAAGUGAGAUGGAUAACAACAAUGUAUUGAUCGAUCAAGUAGUGAAGAAGGAAGUGGGCGGAAGUGAAUGGACCGAAUUGUUGUGGUGGGAGUUAAAUGAAUUCAGUAAAGAGGUCAGUAAGAAGGUGUUGGAAGAGUUAAUCAGAGAGACUUUAUCUGACUUAACCGAUCCGUGUUUGUGUUGAGGUAUUCCUGUUUCUUCGUUUCUUUUUUGUUUGUAUCAAAGAGUGGCCCCUAUUACUUACCGACAAUUAUGUCGGGGGCUACAAUGAUGAUACAUGUAAUGUUUUGAUGUUCAAGCAUUGUUCAUAGUUGUCAAUGUAAAAUCUUUGAUAUAGUGGAAGUGAAAGUUUUUGUUGUUCAAUGAAAACUCGUGUGUUUCCUCAUUAAAA